UCUUUUUUUAGUUGGUAGCUUUCAUCAAGAAUGAUGACAGUCUCCAAAAGCAACACAAACCUUUCAGAAUUCCUGCAAAUUUUCUCUCAUGACAAACAAAAACCAUGUCAACAAAAAAGAAAAAGGCCAUUCUCACAGUCUUACACUACCUUUCACCGAAAAGUCAAAAGAGAGGUUCAGAACUUAAAUUGGAAGAUUCUGGGACCUGUCAAGGGGUAAGAAUAAAAUACCCAGUACUGCUUUGUGGCUGACAAAGAGUUUGGUUGUGUCCAUGGAGGUGGGUUCUUGAAAGGGAGAGAGGAUUUUGGGUGGUGGGGGCUGGUGUUGCAGAAGCUUUUAGCAAAAUCUGGGAGAUGGGUGUUGUUACUAUUGCUGAAUUAAAGCCAAGUGUAUCAGGAAAGAGAUCUUUUCGUCCGAGUUCAAGCAUAAGGCAUGCCACUGAAUGGCCAAUUUCUGAUGUUUCUAGUGAUCUGACAAUUGAAGUAGGCGGUUCAAGUUUUUCACUUCACAAGUUCCCUAUUGUUUCUCGAAGUGGGAAAAUCCGGAAAUUGUUGCUGGAUGCCAAAGAUUCAAAAAUUUCACGGGUAAAUCUUCCAGCUGUUCCAGGUGGAUCAGAGGCAUUUGAGCUUGCUGCAAAGUUCUGCUAUGGAGUUAAUAUUGAGAUCACUCUGUCAAAUAUUGCCAUGCUACGCUGUGCAGCUCAUUUCCUAGAAAUGACAGAAGAGUUUGCAGAGAAAAACUUGGAAGCUCGAAGCGAAGCUUACCUGAAGGAGGUAGUAUUCCCUAACAUAUCAAGUUCAAUCACUGUUCUUCAUAGGUGUGAAAGCCUCUUGCCUAUAUCAGAAGAGAUUAACUUGGUUAUCAGGCUUAUCAAUGCCAUUGCAAACAAUGCGUGUAAAGAGCAGCUGACAUCUGGUUUACAAAAACUUGAUCGUAACUUCCCAACAAAACCUAUUGCAAAUGUAGAACCAGAAACACCCUUGGAUUGGUGGGGAAAUUCUCUUGCAGUUCUUAGUCUUGACCUUUUCCAAAGAGUUCUCUCUGCAGUAAAAUCAAAGGGCCUAAAGCAGGAUAUGAUAAGCAAAAUUUUAAUAAACUAUGCGAAUAAUUCUCUACAAGAUCUUGUUAUCAGGGAUCCCCAGUUGGUUAAAGGAAGCCCCAUUGAUCUGGAGUUGCCGAAGAAGCAGAGGGUCAUUGUUGAAGCAAUAGUUAGCUUACUCCCAACUCAAUCAAGGAAAAGUCCAGUCCCAAUGGCAUUUCUAUCAAGUUUGUUGAAGACUGCAAUAGCAGCAUCAGCAUCUACUUCUUGCAGAUCAGAUUUGGAGAGACGGAUUGGUCUUCAACUGGACCAGGCAAUUCUUGGCGACAUCCUAAUUCCAGCAAAUUCACAUGGCAGCAACCACAGCACGAUGUACGAUACAGAGUCAAUUCUGAGGAUCUUCUCCAUGUUUUUGAACUUGGAUGAGGAAGACGAUGACGAGGAUAAUCACUUGAGAGAUGAAAGUGAAAUGGUAUAUGAUUUUGACAGCCCUGGCUCUCCAAAACAAAGUUCAAUUCUCAAGGUAUCAAAAUUAUUGGACAAUUAUCUUGCUGAAGUUGCAUUAGACUCAAACUUGAUGGCAUCAAAGUUCAUUGCUCUAGCAGAACUCCUGCCAGACCAUGCUCGGAUAGCAAGCGAUGGACUGUACAGAGCUGUGGAUAUCUUCCUUAAAGUGCACCCAAACAUCAAGGAUUCCGAACGGUACAGACUCUGCAAAACCAUAGAUUGUCAGAAACUGUCUCAAGAAGCCUGCAGUCACGCAGCACAGAAUGAAAGAUUACCCGUCCAGAUGGCAGUCCAGGUGUUGUAUUUCGAGCAAAUCAGGCUUAGGAAUGCAAUGAGUGGGGGACAUAACCAGUUCUUCUUUGGUGCGUUACAUGGUCAAUUCCCUCAACGUUCAAGCAGUGGAGCAGGAAGUGGAGCCAUCUCGCCACGAGACAAUUAUGCAUCAGUAAGAAGAGAGAACCGAGAACUGAAAAUGGAAGUUGCAAGAAUGAGAAUGAGGCUAACAGACCUAGAAAAGGACCAUGUUUCUAUGAAACAGGAGCUUGUAAGGUCUCAUCCUGCCAACAAACUAUUCAAAUCCUUUACCAAAAAACUAAGCAAGCUCAAUGCCCUUUUUCGGAUCAAUAGUAUUAAGCCUAUAGGGGGGAAGGCUAGUUCAGAAACCCGGUUCUUGUUUCAGAAGAGAAGGCGUAACUCUGUCUCGUGAUCAUGUACAAUAAGUGUGAAUAAGUAAAGUGAAAAAAAAAGAAAGUGUGUAUAGUUGUAUUUCUAGUGUGAAAUUUUGUCUAUUAAUGGCAGGCAGAAUACUUGUUGAGUUGUUGAUUCUGAGUUGUUUGUUGUUGCUGCUUUGUUCAGUGAAAUUACUGGCUUGACAUUUUGAAGGAGUCUUGAUCAGGAAAGUACUCAGUCACAAAACUAGUGCAAUUCUAAUUGCAUCUCCCACUGUGUGAAGACUUGUAGAUCAUUGAAGAACAUUAAACUA